AUGCCUUCUUCAUCCACUCUUCUCACUCUGGCCACGGCCAUUUCGGCCGUCAACGCCGCUUACCAGGGCUUCAACUAUGGCUCGACCUUUACCAACGGUCAGCCCAAGGCCCAGACUGACUUCGAGGCCGAGUUCAAGACGGCUGCUGGCCUCGAUGGCACUGAUGGCGCCUUCACCAGUGCCCGUCUCUACACCAUGAUCCAGGGCGGCACUCCCAACUCGCCCAUCUCUGCUAUCCCCGCUGCCAUCAACACAAAGACCAGCCUGCUCUUUGGCCUGUGGGCGUCCGCCGGUGAUGCUGCCUUUGCCAACGAGAUUGCUGCUCUCAAGGCCACCAUUAGCCAGUACUGCGGCAAGCUCGACGGUCUUGUUGCUGGUAUUUCCAUUGGUAGCGAGGAUCUGUACCGAAUCACCCCUACCGGUGUUGCCUCCAAUGCCGGCCCUGGAGCUCAGCCCGGAACUCUGGUCAACUACAUCAACCAGGUCCGCGACACCGUCAAGGGCUCUUGCUUGUCUGACGUCCCCAUCGGCCACGUCGAUACCUGGAACGCCUGGGUGCUGGACUCCAACCAGCCCGUCGUCGAUGCCGUCGACUGGCUCGGUAUGGACACAUACCCCUACUAUGAGAACACCAAUGCCAACAGCAUUUCCAACGCAAAGUCUCUGUACGAGGCCGCUCUGCAGAAGAUCCAGAACGCCGGCCCCGGCAAGGAGGUCUGGGUCACCGAGACCGGCUGGCCCGUCAACGGCGUGAGCUCCGGCGCUGCCAUUGCCUCUACGUCCAACGCCCGUAGCUACUGGGAGCAGGUUGGCUGCCCCAACUUUGGCAAGACCAAUGUCUGGUGGUACACUCUCCAGGAUGCCGCUCCCGAUGCUCCCAACCCCAGCUUUGGCCUUAUUGGCAGCACGCUGACCGAGACGCCCCUGUUUGAUCUCUCUUGCAAGAACGUCGAUACCAACCCAGGCAACCCGGCGUCUUCUUCCGCGGCCUCCAGCAAGCCCGCUAGUUCCUCUGCUGCUGCUUCGUCCACCAAGGUUACUACUCCCGCUACCACUCCCACCUCCGAGUCCAGCUCCAGCUCCAGCUCCAGUUCCGCCCCUGUCUCUUCAACUACUAACUCGGAGCCUCAGUCUACCAGCUCCGACGCUCAGUCUACUAGCUCCGACGCUCAGUCUACUAGCUCCGACGCUCAGUCUACUAGCUCCGACUCUCAGACUACCACCUCCGACUCUGGCUCUCAGUCGACGACUGUUGCUCCUCCGCCGCAGACUACUAGCUCGGAAGAGCACCAGACCACAACCUCGGAGGCUCAGACUACUGUUUCCUCGGAGGCUCAGACCACUUCUUCAGAGCAGCAGUCCACUGGCGGUGCUCCGGUCACAUCUGCCCCUGCUACCACCUUUACUACUUCUGCCCCCUUCCCCGGUGUUAACAUCACUGUGACCACUGGUACUGGUGGUGGCUCUCCUACUGGUCCUGGCUCAAGCGCCACUUCUUCCUCGACUAACGUUCCUGGAAGCAACGGCAACAAGCUGAGCUCUUUCGGAGCUGCCGCUGCCGCCAUUGCCGUCGCCGCUUUUGCUCUGUAA